AUGUCAUCGGAAGGCCCCACAACUCUCCCUCCCGCCCACCCCAUCACCGCCCUCACCACCACCACCGCCGCCGCCGCCACCACCGUCCCCGCUGCCAUCACCACCACCGCCGCCACCACCACCGCCACCAGCGACUCACGGCCUGGCCUCCCCGACUAUGUGCAAACUCUGACUGUGCGAGACGCCAACGGCCAGGUGCGGGAGUUGGUGUUCCCGAAGGGGCUGGACCUGGAUCGCCCCAAGCGGGCCCGCACCACCUUCAGCGGGGAACAGCUGGCGGCCCUGGAGCGAGAGUUCCGUCGCAACCAGUACCUGGUGGGGCGCGAGCGGUGCUUGCUUGCCGCCCGCCUAGGCCUCUCCGAAACACAGGUCAAAGUUUGGUACCAGAACCGCCGGACCAAACACAAGCGGGACCGUGAGAGGGAGCACGAGUCCCCCGCGCACGGCCGCCCCCUGCUGCCGCCCCUCACCCCCCCAGCGCCCUUCACCUUCACCUCCCCAGCCACCACCACCUCCCUGCAAACCCUCCCUCUCAAGCCCUGCCCCCCAAGUACUGUUCUUCGCCCGUCCAGCACCUUCAGUAGUGACCCUCGCCGGUUAGCUUCUCUCCCUCAUCAGCGCGAGUCACCUGGCAACGCUGAGUCUCGGGAGGACGUUGGGGUUCCCUGCUCUUCACCUCCCACCGCUACGCCGCCCCCGACUUCCCGCCACAGCUCCCCGCCUACCGGCCUCCACUACCCAAUGUGCUCUUUGAAGCCGGAGAGUCAGGUCCCCCCACAGGCACUCACCCACGCCCACACGCUGGAAAAGAGCAUCAGCAAGUCACUGCCAACUCUUCUGGGGACAUUUCACUCCCUUACGCCUGGCAUGACGCCCUCAGCCUUCCGUCCGCUCUUCCCCCGUCCGCUGCACCACCACCCACUCGCCCUCCAGCACCAUACCCUCGCCCGCCCACACCCCGCAUGGCUGCCCUAGCUUCCCAGGGUAGCGUGAGGUCACCCAGAGCGGGGAAAACGGAGCGCCAGACGAGCCCUGGCGAGAGCGCGGCGGCAGCUGCUGCGGGGAGUGAAGGUGUAACGUCCACGCCGCCCCCACAAUCCCGCGGUCCCACGCCACACAACGCCGCCGCCGUCGCUCCAUUACCUCGCCCGCCACUUGGAAAAAUUGCUCAGCCUAGCGUGCAAGAUUUCCCGCGCCGGUCCUCCGAGCAACAAUGGCCACACCUACGCCGCCCAUUAACACGAAAUUCCCGCUGGCGGCAGUGCGGCCAUGACCUCUAGGCUGCCGCGUCCUGGCUCGGCCUGCCUCCUGCCGAAGAUAAACGGUGAGUUCGCGCCAUAAAAGUUGUCGUUUAUGAAAGACAAAAGACUAGAACUUAAAUCCUUAAUGUGAUCCUAAUAUAUUCAGUGAUUAAAGUCUUCACUGUUAACAUUAGGUGAAUGUAACUGGUGCUGUGUUGCUGCUCCGGUGUGUUGGAGGCGCCG